AAACUCUGUUGACAAGUGGUUACAAACCGGGACUUGCUGCGGCAGAUUGGAAGAGCUGCCCAUUUGUGAGGAACAGUCUUCAGCUUGCUCGUCGACACCUCGACGCGACCUGAGAAGCAAUUUGGACUUGAUGCAUGUGGUUCGGAGCUGGAAACAUGUCACCACUCCGACGUCGGUUUUGGAAUUUUCGAAUUUCGGGUUUAGGAAAUGCAGUGAGGUGCUCUUGGUUCCAAGUUUUGGGGUUUAAGACGCACAAACGCACUUGAAAUUUAGAACUCGAUUAGCAGUGUGAGCCGGGUCGUUUUCUGUAGCCAUCGCGACUGCAAGUUGUAAUCGCUCAGAACUGUGAGCUGAGAGGACUGUGCUGCUCUAGUGGGUCAUGUCAUUUAUGCACACGCUUUUCAGUUUGCCUGGCGACGUAUGCUGUGUCGGUCUCUUUCUUUGAGGAAAAGGUACCCCGUGUGAAGGAGGGGAGUCAAUCGGUGGAGCUUGCACCUCACUGCGUCGUUAAGGAAGUGAAGUCGAAGAUUGCAUCAUGGAAGAUCUGUCUCUAGAAUUGAUACUUCGUUGGUUCAAGUCGAAGGUUAUGCUACUGCUGAUUUUGUCUCAAUGUACACAACAUUGUGCAGACAUCAGAUUGCGGCUUCGUCGUACUUAUCAAAAGAGGUCCAGCCUGCCACGCAUUUCAGGGAUCUGUUCCCACGCCAUCCAUGCGUAUGUAACUUCACCAUCAGAUGAGCUCAGCUAUUUGCAAGUUACACUGAAAGGCCAUGGCAAUGUUUCUAGACGAAAACAGCGCUCCAGUCCUGGCCGACUCGGCGCUUUGCAAAAUCUGUAAUGCCCUGGACUUGGACCAGAUGUUGCGCGAGGGCGUCGAGAGUGGGCGUCACUCCAUCACCCUUGGUGCUCUUGCCGCAAUCCUCUCGAAGAAGCACAUUUGCGGCCUCUGGCUUGAUCUCACUCUUGAUCUCCCGCAGUUGACUUCUCGAUCGCCACACAACUGAAGACCUUACAUUGGUGUGUGUUAAGCUGGCUGUUGGGCCGAGCGGCUGGGCAGAUUCUUCACACUCUGUGCCCACUUCAUGCACUCAUCGCAUUCAAGUCUGUGCCGACCGGCCGAUUGCGAUCUAUAGAACGGUAAUGAAAGAGAAGACAGGCCUUACAAUGGAGCUGCAGAUGAUGGAAGAUGAUGCGGCUAGGUUUUUGACGUGAACGCGAGUAUCAUGGACGUAGGGUAGGGGCAGUGGUUAACUUCAAACUGUUUAAGGAGUGGAUGGGCAUUUGUGAGAUGGAACAUGGACCGACUUGUGCGAACGUCUGGGAGAAUGUCACCGAGCAGUUGCCACAGGGCACCAGGAUGAUUGAUGAGGCCCAAAUGGCGGUUUUUGAGGCGUCCCAGAAUUGCAGAUAUGUAGCGCUUAGUUAUAUGUGUGGAACAAUCAACACGGGUUACAAAACAGUCCUAAAGAAUGUGGAUCAGCGAUGUCAUAGGGGCAGUCUUAAGAGGAUGGCGUUGCCGAGAACCAUCCUCGAUGCUAUCAAGGACUUGAGGGAGCUGAAGGAAAGGUAUUUGUGGGUUGACGCAUUGUGUAUUGUCCAAGAUGAUUGUGUCAACAGAAAGGCCCAGAUUGUGGGGAUGGCCACAAUCUAUGGUGCCGCAAUGCUGACCGUAUUUUCUGUCGGCGGAGACUCAGCGGAUGCUCCGCUCCCGGGGCUAGAGCCGGGGUCACGUCAGGAGCUACAACGUAUUGAGAGAAUCCAGUCGCUCUCGCUGGCCGUCCCGCUCAGGAUGAUGAUCGAGACAAUGGCUGCGUCAAAGUGGAACAUGCGUGGAUGGACGUUUCAGAAGUGUGUACUAUCACGACGGGGACUGUUCUUCACAAAUGAGCAGCUGUUCUUCGAAUGUCAACGCGAUGUAUUCUCCGAGGACACAAUCGUUGAGAGAAGCAAGGACACGGCAAUGUAUCCAGGAAAACCCCAUGGCCUUGGAUAUACCGCGCUGCACUCAAUCAGAAAUCAGAAGGAUCAACAGAAUCGAUACCAAGCCAAUGCCAAAGUCUUCAUGCAGGUACUGGAGGAAUACACCCAACGGCAGCUCUCACAUGUAUCUGACAUCUACAAUGCUAUCUUCGCCAUCAUAACCGUGUUUUCACGCGAUAUAGAAAUCACUCCCUUGAAUCCGAACACAGCAUUUUUGUUUGGUGUGCCGGCGUCCGUGCUCGAAGAUGCUAUGCUGUGGCAACCAGCUCUAAAUGUACCGGUGCAUAACCGCCGUCGUGAGAAAGGGUUGGUUACGCCAAGUUGGUCCUGGGCUGGCUGGGAGAUUAGUGUGGUGUAUUUUGAUCUUUUCGGGUUCAUGUAUGGUCCACCUGGGGCUUUGGUCGCUGGUGGAUGAAUGGGUCAUUGUUGAUCCGGAUGGACAUGCCAGACAGAUUGCCAUCGGUCGUCACCUGCUUAGCCCGUUGGAGACUGACAAAUAUCGACAGCCUUCAAGCCCAUCAGGGUCAUUGCUUGUUGAGACUUGCGCCAGGGACGCUCCAUUUCUUUACCACCGUUGCAUUGCUGAGGGUCCGAAGGGUCAAAAACCUACUUGACGAGAUCGUAGGCGAGGACCAGAGUCAGGUUCCAGUAUAUGGUAGUAAGUUUCAUUCGGUCUUUGAGAUUUUGUCGAAAACUUCGCCGCCUGCGAAGAUGGGUAGGAUUGUGCUGCCAACUGACACUGAUACGACGGUCCCCCUCAAGUUUGCAGUGCUCUCCCGUUCUAACAUUGGUUGUGCCCCCGAAACUUACGAUGAGCAGGUGUUUGGGAACCGCCAUGAGGGGUGUUUGUUGAAUGUAAUGGCUGUUACGCUGUUGGGAUGUACGGUGUAUAGAAAGGAGGUCUCUGAAAGACUUGGAGUCGGCGUAAUCGUGGAGAAAGGUUAGAUUGCAGCAAGGUUACGGGAAUGCGUGAUGCUGUUGCAGUGACGAAAGCGAGAGCAGGAUUCAUCUCACAGCACCCUCCGUCAUCAAAGAUCUAACAUUUUCUGGAGAGUUGUUUGCUCUUGGCAGGUUCACAUUGGCUUGUGAGUUCCAGUUUUCAUGCAAAUGCAACAUCAAAGUAUGGAUGAUGGGUUGGUGGUAAGUUCGUAACUUACACUUCUAAAAGAGAAACUUGCGAAACGUCAUGGAUAUUGCACGAAUCCAUGACAAUGGAAGCUUUAAAUAUUGCCUAGAUUCUAGUUCCGGCAGCCAACGUCUAGCAUCUGCUAGAUUCUAAUUCAGGUGCAGAUGAGGCGGAAAAUGGGCACUCGCAUAGAAUUUUUGAAGAGUAAGUUUCCUUGCUGUUCGACAUGACAUUCUACGACACGUCAUCAAUGACUUAACCAAAACUACCCAUUUCAUGCACGUUAAAGUUUUCUCUUAAA